UUUUACGACAUCGAUGCUGAACCUUUUUGAGCUCUUGCUGAUCCAGGUAUUAUCCUGGAAACUCCCUCUCUAAAUUUCCCGGCCGUCUUGAAUGGCCGUUACGUUUCGAUAACCACUUGAGAAGGAGGUCAUGGCUAAUCGCCUGCCUCCUCUGAAUGAUGUGGCCCCUUCCUCGGCCCUCGACUCUUCUUCCUCGGGAACCCGGGAGACUCCAGUCGCGACCGACCCGGUCAAUUUAGACACAGAUUAUGUGAAACUGGAGGAUUCUCCUACGCCAUCCGCGUCGACGCACGCAGAUGCAGAUGCAGAAACACCGGCGCCAGACAAUGGCGGGCCGGCGGGGCGGAAACGCAAGUUGAAUAGUAGUUCCGCAAGAGGUGUAGCCAAUCUCACUCCCGAGCAGCUGGCGAAGAAACGAGCCAACGACCGACAGGCCCAACGGGCAAUUCGCGAGAGAACCAAAGCUCAUAUCGAUUCGCUGGAACACCGCGUCCGCGAGCUGUCUUCUCAGAAGCCAUUUUUGGAUCUUCAGGCGGCGCUGAAGCAAAAUGAAGCCAUUCAAGCCGAGAACCGCGACAUCAAACAGGGGUUGAAGGCGAUCAUGGAUGUCAUUCGGCCUUUAGUUGGAAAGCACGAAGCGUCUAGUGCUAAUCCUCCCGCCUCUGCAGCUGCUCCCUCGGGCACGCAUUCGGGCCCCCCUUUGUCUACAGCACCACCGUUUUCAAAAACCAGUUACUUUAGCGACACCAAGCCAAACAAUGUCGACCAUUCCUAUUCUGAGGCUUCCGCGAGGAUUGAAACUCCCUCAUCCACACACUCGGCGCCUUUGUUAGGCACCAUCCGGCGCGAAAGCUCCACAAAUGGGCCGUCAGCUUCAUUUCGCAUUGCGUUCGACUAUCAGCGGCAUAAUCUAACGCAUGGAUUAGAUUUUGGGAGCGAUGAAAGGAUGGCCUUUAACUUUCUACUUGAUGCAUCCCAACAAGUUCCGAAAGUGGAGGGCUUCCGCCGCUCGCCGGGGAACUUCCGAACUCCCCCAAUGAACGCUCCUCCAGCCUACCCAUCGCCGAUCCACGGCUCCAUGGCGGAGCAAUCUCUACCCGCCUAUAUGACGCCAAUCCGAAACAUUGCACCAACCUGCACGCUGGAUGCCAUCCUGUUGGACUUUCUCCACCAUCGACAGCGCGAAGCAGCUUCAGGGGUCCCCCAGCAAAAACUAGUGGGGCCCCCUUAUCCCAGUGUCUCCUCCCUGCUCAAUCCAGAAAGAGGCGCUUACUCACAUCCGUUAUCAAAGGUGUUCACUGAUAUCCUGCGCACCUUUCCGGAUAUUUCUUCCCUUCCGGAGCAAGUCGCUGUCUUAUAUGUCAUGUUCCUUCUUAUGCGGUGGCAGAUCUAUCCAACGCCUGAAAAUUAUGAUCGGGUACCGGAAUGGCUGACUCCGCGCCCAUCACAGCUUUUAACACCACACCCCGCCUGGAUUGACUACCUGCCAUGGCCGCGGAUGCGCGAUCGCGUAGUGAUGGCACACCAGGACUACCCUUUUGACAAUUGGUUUAUACCCUUUACGCGUACACUGUCAGUCAACUGGCCAUAUGAGGAAACUGAUUGUCUUUUGUCGACGGGGGAUAACGAUGACCUGAUCAUCAACCCCGUCUUCGAAAGGCAUCUACGUAACCUCAACAAUUGGAGUCUCGGCUCAGCAUUUGCGGAAGCGUAUCCGUCCUUAGCGGAGACAGCCAGAAUUAAGAACCAGCCAUAGCCGUAUCUUCACCACGGGUUGAUCUUCGCUGGGCAGCCACCGUAUAGAUAGAUAAUCGGGUGGAAUUCUGUUAAAUAUAUUUUUGACCAAUUGUGGCCUAAAAAGGCUCAGGCGGGUGAUACAUAUUUGAGAGCAUCUUCUAUACAUUCUCUAGGCAUCUCCUUGUCUCUCGUCCUUCGUUUGGUGUUUUGGGGGGGGGGGGGGUUCGUUUGUUUUCGUCUCUAACCCUUGACUACUUUACCAUGUUGCCAUGUCACUCGGAUACUUGCACUAUAACUGCCUGAAAAGCGGGAUAAGUUGUCCGAGUCAUGCUGGCUAUACAGUGUAUGGAGAGACGGUAA